UGCCAACUUCUCUUUCUUAACAAUUCUGGAGCUAUCUGGCAAUGCUUUUGAGGGUCAGUUCCCCACAAAGAUCUUCCAACUAAAAAGGCUGCAGUUUAUUGAUUUAUACUGGAACAAUAAGCUUUGUGUGCAGUUGCCAGAAUUCCUACCUGGUAGUCGUCUGGAAGUGUUGGAUCUCAUAUUGACCAACCGUUCUAACGCCAUACCAGCAUCAGUGGUCAAUCUCAAGUAUCUAAAGCAUUUGGGCCUUACAACAGUAGAGGCUUCAAUGAAUUCUGAUAUCCUUUUGAUCAGAGAACUCCACUGGCUGGAAGUUCUCCGGCUCUAUGGAGGAUCAGGACAAGGGAAGCUGGUGUCGUUCUCUUGGAUAGGCAGCCUUAAACAUUUGACAUACCUGGAGCUUGGCAAUUACAACUUCUCUGGAUUGAUGCCCUCUUCGAUUAUCAAUCUUACAAAUCUGACAAGUUUAACGCUCUACAAUUGCAGCAUGUCUGGGCCCAUACCUUCUUGGAUUGGGAACUUGAUCCAACUCAAUAAUUUGAACUUCAGAAACAACAACCUCAAUGGAACAAUUCCAAAGUCCAUCUUCGCACUUCCUGCGUUGCAAUCACUAUAUCUAGAUUCUAAUCAACUUUCUGGUCAUUUAGAAGACAUCCCUGUUCCAUUAUCUUCAUCUGUGUAUGACAUUGAUUUAAGCAACAAUUGGCUUCAUGGCCCCAUUCCCAAAUCAUUUUUCUGUCUUCCAAAUCUUGAGUAUCUCAAUCUUGAGUCAAAUCACUUGACCGGCAUAGUGGAACUUAGGCCUUUCUGGAGACUAAGAAGCCUUUAUUUUCUGGGUUUCUCUAACAAUAAGCUGUCGGUGAUUGAUGGAGAAGAUUCUCCAUCUCAAUAUCUCCCUAAGAUUCAGCACCUAGGACUAGCAUGUUGCAACCUCACAAAACUUCCAAGAAUUCUGAGACAUCUAUAUGACAUUCUUGAGCUAGACCUUUCAAGUAAUAAGAUUGGUGGAGUUAUACCAGGAUGGAUAUGGGAGAUUUGGAAGGACACCCUUGGAUCAUUGGACCUCUCGAACAAUGCAUUUACUAGCCUGGAGAACUCUCCCUCUCUUGUUACAUUUACACAUCUAAGCCAUCUAAAUCUCAGUUUCAAUAGACUUCAAGGAGAAAUACCCAUACCAGCCAUAUCAUUGCCUUAUGGUGUAGUUGUAUUGGAUUACUCAAACAAUGGGUUCUCUUCCAUACUACGUACAUUUGGUAGGUAUCUUAACAAAGUAGCCUAUAUUAACUUGUCCAAAAACAAACUAAAAGGCUAUGUACCCAUUUCCAUUUGUAGUAUGAAGAAACUCCAAUUCCUGUACUUAUCUGAUAACAACUUUAGUGGUUUCGUUCCAUCUUGUCUGGUAGAAGGCAGAAGCUUAAGGGUACUGAAUUUGAGGGGGAAUAAAUUCAACGGGAUGUUGCCUAAGGGCAUUAAAGAAGGAUGUAAGCUUGAGACUAUAGAUUUGAACAGCAACCAAAUUGAAGGGAGGCUGCCCAGAACACUAUCAAACUGCAAAAGUCUGGAACUCCUCGAUGUUAGUAACAAUCACAUCCUCGAUCUGUUCCCUUUGUGGCUGGGGAAUCUUCCCAAGCUUCGAGUUCUUGUACUGAGAUCAAACCAAUUAUAUGGCACAAUUAAGGGUCUCCAUAAUAGUGAUCUAACAAGGGAUCACUUCUCAAGCUUGCAAAUACUUGAUUUAGCCAAUAACACUCUAUCUGGUCAGUUGCCCCCAAAAUGGUUUGAGAAACUGAAAUCAAUGAUGGCAAAUGUCGAUGAUGGACAAGUUUUGGAGCACCAAACAAACUUUUCACAAGGAUUUAUCUAUCGAGACAUCAUCACUAUCACAUACAAAGGGUUUGAUAUGACAUUCAAUAGAAUGCUAACUACCUUUAAAGCAAUUGAUUUCUCAAAUAACUCAUUUGUUGGAGUUAUUCCUGGAACGAUAGGGAGUCUUGUUUCACUUCAUGGACUUAACAUGUCACAUAAUAAUUUCACUGGAGCAAUCCCGCAACAGCUUGGUAACUUGGCUCAGCUAGAGUCCUUGGAUCUCUCUUGGAACCAGCUCUCAGGGGUAAUACCACAUGAGUUAACAUUUCUAACUUCUCUUUCUUGGCUGAAUCUUUCGAAUAACAACUUGACUGGAAGAAUACCACAGAGCAACCAGUUCUUGUCGUUUUCCAACAGUUCAUUUGAAGGUAAUUUGGGCCUCUGUGGAAGGCCACUAUCCAAAGAUUGUGAUAGUUCUGGUUCAAUAACUCCAAAUACAGAAGCUUCUUCAGAAGACAGCAGUUUGUGGCAAGAUAAAGUAGGGGUCAUCCUAAUGUUUGUCUUUGCUGGCUUGGGGUUUGUGGUUGGCUUUAUGCUGACAAUCAUAUUUCAACUGGUUUGCCAGGUCAAAGGGGGAACCUACUGUAUUUGUUAGAAAUAUCACUGAAUCUACUUUGCUUUGGCUUUGGAAAAUAGUGUAGUUAUUACUUAAAAGCAGUUUGCCCCGUCACUGUGUGUCCUUACCUAAAAUAAUAGCGUGAACUUAGAAAUGACCUUAUUUCCCAGGUAUCACUUAUGAGUGCUAUAUAAAAUGCUUGUUGAAAUUAAGGUCUGGGUUUCUUGUAGAUGUUACUUAUUAAAAGAAUGUUAUGGUUUUCUUAAUUGGUAAAUGAGUCCAACAAAGAAUUAGAACUUAUGAAAACAGUAAACUGUUACUGGGUACCAAUCAGAGCAGCCAGUUAAAUUUUGUAAUGUCCAAACUACAACAAUUUUUUUAAGAAAUAGCACAAUCUCCAAGUGAGCUCUCAUACACCUUGCAUACUGUUUUUCUACAGAGCAAACUAGUCAGCUAAACUUUUAUAGUUUUAUCUCACAUCCACAGAAGCUAUUAGUUUCCAGUUUCUUAUUUUCCCUUUUUAUGGCUUCAUAGAAGAAAUUAACAGGCAUUCUAAAUAUGAUCCAGUGUUAUGAAUUCCAUUUAAUAAAAACAGAAGCCAAAAGUCCAAGCUGGGCUCGUCUAAGAACAAUGCAAAAUCAAGGCCGAAAAUAGGCUGAAAAACAAAAGGAUCUACCAAGCACCAAGUACUCCCUUUGUCCAAAGAAAAGGUGUAUCUUGCCUUGUACAUGACAAUUGAGACAUUGAAAAUGACUAGAAUAGCUACAAUUAUUAUCUCUAGUGACUAUAUCUAUUGCAUUCAUGAAUGGAAAAGGUAAAGCUGGAUGGUUACUAGGGGAAUAAUUGGAAUAUGAAAUACAUCCUAUAUCUUUGUGCAUGGUCAUUGGAAAGUAUGCCUGAUAUUUUGGAGGAAUGGUAUAACUCUAAAAAUAUUGAUUUUAUUGUAUGAUCAAUAAAAGAGCUAUAUGUCA